CCGACCCACUCCCACUCCGUCUAACCGGGAAAUAAACACAGAGCGGCGGCAACAGCAGGACUGAACUCCCCACGGUGCGCACCAUCCAUGGUCCUCACUUGGAUGCCUGUCUGACAGGAGGGAUGAGAGAGGAACGAAACAAGCAUCCUUCAAAGUUCUGAGAUGCCUCAAACUUUAGCGCUGCUGGCCCUCCCUCCACAGACCAGAAACCAUUGGGGGGAACGUGAGGCGCACAUGCACACUCAGGUUGGUGUUGUGUCAUUGAAGCAACUGAGGUGAACCCUGAGUCGAAGGGAAAGGCAGCAAUCUAGAAGUCCUCCCUGACAGCAGGGGGCAGCAGCAGACAUGCAGGACCCAUCCUCUGACAACAAGAUGGCAAAGCAGGAAAACAACUCCAAGCACCUGGACGAACACAGAGAAACAGAAGACACAUCUGAGAAGACCUCCCCGAACAAAAACCUGAAAUCUCCUCAGAAAGGCUCAAAACGUCUUAAAACCGCCCCCUUCAAGGUGGCACUGCUGGAUUCCUCAGAGUAUGAGGGAGAAAUCGAGAAGCACUCCAAAGGACAGACCCUGAUGGACACGGUGUGUGAGCACCUUAACUUGCUGGAGAAGGACUACUUUGGCCUGACCUUUGCUGACACCGACAGCCAGAAGAACUGGUUGGACCCCUCCAAAGAGAUCAAGAAACAGAUCCACAACUCUCCGUGGCAAUUUGCCUUCGCUGUCAAGUUCUAUCCUCCAGACCCCUCUCAGCUCACAGAGGACAUUACUAGAUACUACCUGUGUCUGCAGCUGAGGGAUGACAUCCUGUCAGGUCGACUGCCGUGCUCGUUUGUCACCCACGCCCUCCUGGGCUCCUACGCCAUUCAGGCCGAGCUGGGAGACUAUGACCUGGAUGACCACGGCUCCGAUUACAUCAGUGACUUCCGCUUCGCUCCCAAUCAGACUCGCGAGCUGGAGGAGAGGGUGAUGGAGCUCCACCGAACCUACAAGGGGAUGACGCCUGCUGAGGCUGAAAUGAAUUUUUUGGAGAAUGCAAAGAAGCUGUCUAUGUAUGGGGUGGACCUCCAUCAUGCUAAAGAUUCAGAAGGCAUUGAAAUAAUGCUCGGGGUCUGUGCCAACGGCCUGCUAAUUUACCGAGAUAGACUGAGAAUCAACCGUUUCGCAUGGCCAAAGAUUCUGAAGAUUUCAUACAAGAGGAGCAACUUCUACAUUAAAAUAAGACCUGGGGAGUAUGAGCAGUUUGAAAGUACAAUCGGUUUUAAGCUUCCUAAUCACAGAGCUGCCAAGAGACUGUGGAAGGUCUGCAUUGAGCACCACACCUUCUUCCGCUUGGUUUCUCCAGAGCCUCCUCCGAAGGGCUUCUUGGUGAUGGGGUCGAAGUUUCGAUACAGUGGAAGGACGCAGGCUCAAACCAGACAGGCCAGCGCUCUCAUUGACCGUCCUGCUCCUCACUUUGAGCGUUCCACCAGCAGAAGGUACUUGCUGUCCAGGAGCUUGGAUGGGGAGUUCUCACGGCCAGUAUCAUCCAUGUGUGAGAAUCACGAUGGCCUGUCCCGCCGCAGCGCCAGCGAACAACGUCGACUCCACAGCCCCUCCAUGGAUGAGCUGGAGACAGAGCUGGAGCCCAGCCUGGAGCAAGACGAAGAAGACAAGGACCAAGAACUGAGCCAUGACAUGGAGCAAGAGAAAGAUCACGAUGGCAAUGUCACUCCAAGCAGAAAGAAAGAAAUCAGGGAGGAGGCUGGCUCUCAAGCUAACAGUAAACAGGAGCUCUCUCAGUUGGACCAGGAGACCACUCCUCGGCACAAAAAGGAGUUUCUUGAUAAAUCUCAGGAUGUCUUGCUGAAGCACCAGGCCAGCAUCAAUGAGCUGAAAAGGGCCCUGAGAGAGCCCAACAGCAAGCUGAUGAUUCGAGAGAAGCGUCUUUCUGCGACAUCUCCAACGGGAACUCCAGAGAAGAAGGCUUUGGGGGGCCGAGCAGUGGGAAAAGACCCUGUUAACAGCCCUUCUGUUGAGGGGUUCGUCCAGAAGACUCUGGUGACUUCACCUGAGGGCUCUGAGGAGUGGGUAUUGAUUGAAAAACAGAAACCUUAUCAACCAGAUCAUGACUGGAAGGCAGAAGAAAAGAACAAAUCCCACAUAUCUGAUUCCUUGUGGGAGAAAAAGGACCUGGAAAAAGAGAUAGACAUUACCAAAAUGAUGCAUAAAGAGGAAGCAGGGUAUAACAGGAGAGACUUGAAAAGCCAUAUUGAUGAAUUUCCAUCAACAAGAACACCCAGAGAGGCAGCUGUAUGCUCUGAGACUUUGUCUUCUGCGAUUCAAUUACCUGAGAAUGUAGACUGGUUACUAGACAAAUCUCAAAGUAAACCCUCUCAAGCCUCAGGCCCUGAGGCAAACAGUGAUGUGGCUCCAGGCUCACACCAGAUUAAGGAAAAGAUGGGUUCCAAACCGAGAAAAAAAAGCAGACCCCAGAGCCUAAACGUGGGAAUUCCUGCAGAGCUCGUCAACAGGAAAUUAGGGAGCGAUUCCUCCGGAGAGGAGAAUGAAGACUCAGACUCAGAUAACACAUCAGAAAAAACAUCUAAAAGAGGAGAUCAAAAUGAUGCAUCCCCAGUGAUCAUAAGGAAAGACAAUCAAGGAUUACCAAAGGAUCAGUUUGUCAGUGUAUAUAAAGACAACAGGAAAGAGGAGUUUGGUGAGGGCAAAGAGGUCCCCAUUCAAGGAGUAGAGCAGGUAAAGUCAAAGGUAAAUCGGAUUGAGACGGCAACCAUCGAUUUAGGCUUAUUAAAUGGACCUGGAAAAGUAGAACAUGACAGUUCUUUAGCUAGUGGCAAAGGAGAAAAUCUGGUGAAAUUUCAAAGAAAGGGCCUUAUUGAAAACAAAGAGCUAGCAGAGGUAAAACUUCGACAAGUGCAAAAACAUGAAAGAAAGCUCAGUAGCUCUGGUGGGGAGGAUGUUGAAGGUUUCCUUGGCGAAAGGAGCCACAGGACAUCUUUCCACCGUCUAUCAGGCAGCAGCUACCAGUCAGAGAUCACCAGGAUCGUUCCCCUAAAGCCCGAGCGCUCAAAGAGCAUUGCGUGUAAGGACGAGAGGGACCAGACAGGGCAGGAGGAGUUCACACAGGCCAUCAAACGAGAAUACCGCUGGUCUGUUGGCUCUCCAGAGGGAUCCACCGACCUUCACUGGACUGACAUCCCCAGCUUCCAUCCAGCUUUCCCCGGAGAUCCAGAGGGUUUUGCUAAAACAGAACAUCUAGACGAAGGCUUUCAGACCAGCAGAUGCCCUACAGAGAAUCAGCAGUUUAGUUCAAAGACUUCAGCACUUCCCAAAAUGGCUCCCCCAGCUCCGCCAGUGAAAACACAGAAAGCCAAGGAGUCUGGACUAAUACUGCGGAAUAGCAGAAAUGCCGGCAGGGAGCAGAGCCUGGACGCAGCCAAGAAGAGACACUCGGAGCCUGUCUCUACUCCAGCCAUAUAUGAAGAGCCAUUUGCUGACUUAAAGAAGGAGUCUGGGGAGAGGAGACCUCAUCCGAGCCUAGCCUCGGAGGAGGAGCAGGAGCGGGACACGGUGGCUUCCAUGAGGGAAACCCAGCUGGGUAUUGAGCGAAAAUGCUCCAGCAUGACGGUCAGCUCUACAUCCAGCCUGGAGGCAGAGGUGGAUUUCACUGUCAUCAUGGACCUGCACUUGGGGAUGGAGGACUUUUCUAAGGGCGUGUCAGAGCUCGGUGAGAGGGAGCCAGAGAUUGGACAAGAGGACUUUGAGGAGACCUCCAGGUUCUACUCUUCCCGUCUAAUGUGCUCCAGGGAUAAGUUCCCAAUGGAGGAGAAGCUUCCUGAGGAGGGAACCCAUCAUGAGCCUCCAGUGGCAAAGAAAGACGCCAGUGCUGUGAGUGUGGCUCACAAACUUAAGAGGGCCGACACCCGGACGGAGACGCACACAAAUGGAUCAGAGAUCCACCAGAACAUCACCGAUGUCUCUCCACAGAACCCUUUCAGCUCCCAGGAAGCCCCUGCUGUUCCGAAGGAAAAUGGCUCCCCAGUGUGUGUGCGUGCGUGCGUGUGUGUGCGCGUGCGUGUAUGUGUGUGUGUGUGUGUGUGUGUGUGUGUGUGUGACUGCUCUGUAAUUACUGUGCUGCAGGUAAAAGCCAGUCCCCAAGGGAGGGAGUCUGUUGUGUCCCCUCUGACCAUCAUGGCUGAAAGCAUCACAUCAGCAACCACAACACAAGUUACUAAGACUGUAAAAGGAGGCUAUUCAGAGACGAGAAUCGAAAAAAGGAUCAUAAUCACAGGGGAUGAUGAUGUGGACCAGCAUCAGGCACUUGCCAUGGCGAUCCAGGAGGCCAAGCAGCAGCAUCCCGACAUGCUGGUGACAAAAGCAGUGGUUAUCAGGGAAACAGAGUCUCCCACAGAGGAGCUGCAACGGAAAGCAGAGUCCUGAUCUGACACAGUGGUCUCUGAGAUGGGGGUGGGGGGAGACAGGAGAGGACCCUCCAGCAGAGAAUCUCCUGCCCCGCCAAGCAGCCCCCCACCACCCGUAAAGAAUGGACUCUACCCCCACUGUGUACAAGAAGACAUUUGAACAGACUGUGUUCCAUGAAGCUGCCUGUCCCUUUAGACGAAACCAACUGUGACCUGGCCCGGAUCCCCGUCUUGUCCAGGACCAUUCCAGCACUCCAGCUUCUUCGGAAAUAGGAACCGUCUUCUGUUGAAUGAUCGGCUGAAUCAGACACAUUUCGUUUUGUUUCCACCAACUUCCUCAGAAAGAACUUCUUCCUGUUUAAACAUCUGCAGUCUGAUUGUCGUCACCUCCUUGCUUCAGUUUAAUCAACUGCUGUCUUAUUAGCUUUUUACAUUUUUACCUAUAGAGGAUCUGAUUUAUGUUCAGUAUUUGCCUGUUUAUGAAUUAUAUCAGAUGAAUAUAAUCUGCAUGAUUCAAAUAAUAAUAGCAGAGGGAAUGAGAACGUAUAAAAAAGUACACAAACAUGUCCCAUAAAAACGCUGAUGCUGACACAAUGACAGGUUUUUGGGCUGAUGGAUCUGGUCUCAGCCUCCAUAAACCAAACAUUCCUGUCCUCAUCCCAACAUGACUGUUGAGUUUUUGGUGACAGCAACAAAGAAGCUGCUCACUGUGUUAGGAUUUGUAGAGGAAUGUUUAAUAUAAAUACUAUCUGUUCUAAGUUUUACAAAUUUUAUGGUAUUUUUACUUUCUAUUUACUUGACUUUAGUUUCUCCUGAACUUCUGUGUUUUUGGAUAUUUCACUGAUUGAAAUAUUUCUCCUUCACUUGUCCAUCAGAUACACUGUUACACUGGAGAUUAAUGCGUGUCUUAGAGAGACAUCACUAGGCAUGGGCCGGUUAUUGCUAUCAAGAUAGACUAAUGUUUUAAAAAGUUUGUUGCAAAACCACAAACAUUUUCCACCAUAAUCCAGAGUUGUGCUGCUGCACACUGCCAGCCAGGUGGCUGAAAGAUGGCGCAUAUGUUAAUUUCAUACUUCCAAAAACGACCAAUUUAAAAUAUUUUUAAAAUAUUUCUCGUUGCAAAAAAAACACAGACACUCAAGUUGUGGAACCCAAAGCACAACCAUCCAUUACUUUUAUAAAGGUAGUGCUGUGUAAAAACUAACGGUCGAGACGGUUGGAAAUAAGUUUAAAACAAAACCAAUUGAACUGAGUAAAACUUUUUUGUCUUAAACCUUGCCCACAAUUCCAUCAAACAGAUAUUUUAAAUCAAGGUCAUUGCACUGUGAAAAUCCUAUACUGGCCCAUGCCUAGGUCUUACUAGGAAAUUGUUAAAGCUGUAUUAAGUUGUUAUGCAGCCUUUGCAGGCCACAUAGAUGGCUCUGCACUACCUGUAAACAUAUGUUGGUGAACUGCAGCCCCCAAAAAAAGCAACUUCUUCCAGUCUAUGUGCGAUUUGGAUGCGUGUGCUACUUCUCCGCAGCUGAGAGCCCCGAUUGUGUCCAUAUUUUUUUUAAUUCUCAAUUUCAUGAAGCUAAAUUAGCAAUAAGUGGAAGUCUUGUGUAUGUCCAGUACACUGUAUGUUUUGGUUAUGUUCUGCGAUAAAUAUGUUACUCUUGAACUGAUUCUUCACCAUGUUUAAUCAGCUAACCCUGUCUGAAACAGUAAUAAGUAGCAGACCCAAUCUGAAGUCAACCUAGGUAUAAAAAUAUUAAUCAGAGCUGUGUUAAAUGACAAUAGAGACUGUGAUGUUUAAACAAUUUGUAGUUUUGGAUAAUCUUAUUUGAACACACUCCCUGAAAAGUUAAAAAACACCAGAUUAACAAUUAUGUUUUCUUUGCUUUCUGUUGGAAUAACUCUCCAGUUAUAGUGCGCAACUUUGGACUUGUUGUUAUGGCGCAGUGUAUGUGAAUCCCACCCUCUCUCCUCAGAUCUCAGAUACAGCUCUGUGCAAAAGUAUUCAACCCCCCAGAACCUUUUCACAUUUUGUCACAUUAUACAGUACUUCAUUUUAUUUAGGGGCAUCAGACUAUAUGGAGGUGAAUACAUCUGCACACCACAUUUCCGAUUUCUGUGGUGGUGAUGCGGCGAAAUGUCACAAAAGGGUAAAAACAAACACUGCAAAAGUUGAGAACAUAGUUGCCCUGUCACAUACAUCCAAACUUUCUGAGUGACCUUUACUACUAUACUAUGCAUCACAAAUCAGUCAUGCGUAUCCCUCUGAUGGAGCCCCGACCCUUGUUGACCCUCAUUGAGUCUUUGCCACUAUUAGCCGAGGCAGUGAAGCGCACUGCUUGUGAGGUUUUGCAAUAAGCCGCCAUCGUUUCCAUCCUUUGUCCUCUGAAGGGAGGAAACUGUGAACUCUCACAUGUACCGAAACGUAACCAAAACCUAGUAAUAAUACACAGCUGUGGAGCAAGGAGCUUUUCUAAGACUUGUGACCAUGGCUUUGUGGCCCUCAUCACCCCCCACCCCACUCCCUUAAUCCAUACUCCCCUCCCUGCUGUAGACCUGUGGAAACAAGAGAACCUAAACCUGCUGACUUGUAUAUUCUAUUUUACUCUGUUUUAUUUUAUAUUGGUCACAUGACACUGGACUGUUGAGAGGGCACUUGUCUGCAAAGUUUGGAGCACACGUUCUGUAAACUGCUGGGGAAACUGAUGCUUAAUCAGUGAAGGCAUCGAGAAAAAAAGCCGAGAGCUGCAGGUUGAAGGAUGAAGGUCUGGAUUUUUUGUGUAAAUGAUGAUGCUUCUGUCCAUAGGUUAUAUAUGUGGAAGUGAUAAGAAAGUGAAAUCCAAAGGACAGAGGCGCAAUAGAGAUAGACAAAUGGGUGCCUUAAGUUUUGGGUUGAUUUUUGUGGGAGCAGAAGCAGCACUCAUCAGCUGAAAGAAUCCGAGAUGAGAGAGAGCGAUCAAGAAAGAUCUACUGACAUUAAAAACUGGACAAGGGAACCUGCCUGAUUAUGAUUAUUACAAUCGGGUGAAAGCAUUUGUUGAAAUUGUUACAGUAUGGAUAAGAGGUUUCUUCUCAGUAAAGGCCAUCAAACUGCUGUGCUGUUCAGUCUCCACCUUCAGUUCUCCACUGCCGUUUGCUCUACAUUCCCCUAGUGCUUGGUGGUGUAUGUGUGCUGUGUUUGCAUUCAGUUUCUACAGGAAACAUACCUGCAUAAAUUAAAUGUCUCACUAUGAUUCAAACAGUGUCUCUGCUUCUGAAAUGAAGGGGAAUAGAUGGGGGUGUUAAAAUAGUGGUUUUCUAUGUGAUUGAUCCUAUUCUAUAACAAUGUGCACAUAAAAAAUCUGUUUCAAAACAAAACACAUUGCCAAGGGAAAGAGAUUUUUUGUACUGCCAUCGUGUGGUGAAAUUUAAAACCACAGCAGAAAGUACACAAAAUUGUUUAAAUGCUCUUGCUGCCAUCUAGUGUUUAUUUUGAGCCAAACAAGCAAAGAAUCAUACAGCAUAAAAGAUUAAAGUAUACAAUAAUUCGCAAAAGCAUUAAUAACCCUCAAAUGUAUCCUUAUUUUGUCUUAAAGUAUGGAAAAACUCCCACUAAAGUACAUUAAGAUUUGUUAUUGCAAAAUGAAAAAAUGUGAAAAACCUGGUAUGAAUUCUUUUCCAAGAAGGCAUAAAUAAUAAAUUACAUGCUGCAUUACGUUUAUUGCAGGAUGCAGGGCUAAUGGGAGUCUUCCAGCAGUAUAUCUUAGUCUAGCUGAUCUAAAUUGUAUUAAAAGGUAUUUAUGAACUUCCCUUCCCCUUGGGUCAGAUGUUCGAGAGGAAACAAAGACAACUAAUUGAAACGUCAGUCAUUUGUCUUUUUACCUCAAUCAGCUUCCAAUCUCAAACAACACUUAGAGAUAAACCCAAAGAAAAAAACAUGCAGGUAGAAAAGUGUUUUCCUGUCAAAAAUGUAUUCAAAAUAAAAAUCAAUUUGCCAUU